AUGCGAUUUUCAGUAAUAUUAAAAUAUUGUUCAGGUUCGAUCGUAGUAUGCGAAGGAGGCACGGCUGAGUUGGUGUGCCCUCGCGGAACGGUGAUCUCAAUAUCGCUGGCGAACUACGGAAGGUACUCGGCACGGGUUUGCUAUGAAAACGAAGAGCUCGACGUUGUAGUACCAAUGACGCAAUGCCACAAUCCGAAGACCGUGCCGGCACUUCAAAAAAGAUGCGAGGGGUUACGUCGAUGCAAAUUCAUGGUCGACGCGUUCAUGUUUGAUGACCCGUGUCCCGAAACCAGUAAAUACCUCGAACGUGAGCACUUAUAUCUUAUUCCAACCGAUGACUACCAUUCACUUCGAGCUAGGUGUUGUGAUUCCAGUACUAGCGCCAAGUCAACAACAAUAACUUGUGCAGCAACUUCAAGACGGGGAAUCGAGUGGCCAGUUACCGUCGCUGAAACAACAGUAAACAGGCCAUGCCCUGAGGGCACUUCUUCUUGGCGAUGUACUUCAGAAGGUUUUUGGUCAGAAUCUGAGCCGAACACCAUGGGAUGUCAAAGUGAUUGGACAACUCAAAGACACGAUGCACUUGAAGAAACUAUCAAAGAUCAGGAUUCUAGUGGAAUUCCAGAGCUUUUGCGUGCGAUGACAUCGGAUACACGGCGUCCAAUGGUAGCAGGAGAUCUACCAAAAUUACUUGAUAUCCUUGAUAUCAUUCAGGACAUAAUGGAUAGAGAGCCUUGGGCAAAAAAUAGUCAGAAGUUGGUGAACCAGCUUAUCGUGAAUGUAGUGCACAAUACCCUUCGUGCAAAGGAAAUCUGGCAGAACUGGCCUCUCACCAAACGUCAAGUAUUUGCCACGAGGCUUCUGGCAUGUGUCGAACGAGCAAUGACGUCUUCAUCAGUUACGAUUCACUCGUCUGAGAACUACGUUCAACCACUCGUGAUGACUGAAAUGAGCGAAAGCAUCCGGACCUCUGCACAGCAGUCCAGUUAUUUCCUUUUCCCGUCAAUGGCGCUGUGGGCUGGUGAAAAUAAUGUGGACAGCGUCGAUAUUCCGAAAGAAGCCAUGGAAAUCACUGGAAUGGUGUACUACGCCUCGUUUGCGAACAUUGGGGAACAAAUGCAACCGCCAGUGCAGAAACUUCCUGCUUCUGAACAGCUACCGACUGGUGGCGAACGACGUCGACGAGUCAUUUCGCGGGUAGUUGCAGCUUCUAUCGUUCUUGAUGGGAAAUCGGUCAGAUUUCCAGUACUUCCGAAGCCGGUAAGAGUGAUCAUAACGUUUCACCAUCAUCCGGAAGCCUUACGUCGAAUGACGUCACCUGAAUGUUCUUGGUGGGAUGCCGAAAACUUCAAGUGGUCCUCGUCAGGCUGUUCUCUACAAUCUCAUAAUUCUACGCAUACUAUAUGCAAUUGUAACCACAUGACUCAUUAUGCCGUUCUAAUGGACCUUGUCGGUCAUAAUCGUCUUCUAACAAUCCUCACAUAUGGCGGCUGUGGUUUGUCAAUCAUUUGCCUUGCAAUCACAUUCCUUUGUUUCGUCGUCUUUGUCAAAGGAGGAGGAGACAGAGUUUUCAUACAUAAAAAUCUUUGUGUUUCGUUAGGAGUUGCAGAGUUGGUGUUUUUAUUGGGAAUUUGGAGAACAGAGGAAAAGUUCGAAUGUAGUGUGAUUGCUGGCUGUCUUCUGUACUUCUUUCUGUCGGCUUUGACCUGGAUGUUACUGGAGGGUUACCAACUUUAUCAGAUGCUAGUCGAGGUUAUCUUCCCAACUGCCCGACGCCGAAGGACAUUUUUCUUCAUCGGUUAUGGGCUUCCUGCAGUUAUUACUGGAGCGGCUGCGUUGUACGACCGAGGUGGUUUUGGUACUCGCUAUCACUGCUGGCUACGCACUGACAACCUCUUCAUUCUGUUCUUCGUAGUACCAGCGGCAGUCAUUCUCAUCGUGAACACGAUAUUCCUCUUUAUGACAAUGUGCGUCGUGUACAGGCAUUCCAAGUACAUUCCGUGUAGGCAUGCGUCGGACCACGGAGGAGCUAUUAGGACGUGGGUGAAAGGAUCUAUGGGACUGGUUUGUCUCCUGGGUGUUACUUGGACAUGUGGGCUCUUAUGGAUCGAUGACGGUCAUUCAAUAGUGAUGGCUUACGCUUUCACCAUCGCUAACUCACUCCAAGGACUCUUCAUAUUCCUCUUCCAUGUCGUCUUUUUCGAUAAGGUACGAAAAAAUAUGUACUUCCAAUUUAAUUCUGCUUCGAAAGACCAUCAUAAAGAAAACAGAGAGGCAAUUUCGCCAUCUGACAAAAGUGGAACUGGCAUCUGUGCACUUUUGUUCCAUUUGGAAUAUUUAUACUCAAUAACGAUCGUUCCUAUGAUUUCAGGCACGUACGACUACGCGACGAUCGCCUACGGUGAGAUGGUACCUGGUCACAUGAUACCUCGAAAGCUGGCCUAUCCGCAUCCGAACGUAGCUGUGCAUUUAUUCCGCUACCAUUACCAUCGACCUCCGCCGGACUUCUCACCGCCACCGCCACCGGAUCGCUUAAGUCAGCAAGCCGUACGCCAAUUAUUUGCCUCAGCCAGACCGCCCUCGUCGAAGCUUAGCGAUGACUCGGCAUAUUCUGACGGUGGUUCCUCGUCUGUGCUUACCACCGAGGUCACUCCAUCGGGAACGACCGUGCUUAGAAUGGAAUUGGUGUUCUACGACCAAGAAUGA